CAGCUCUGAAGUAUGUACAACGUACGCACAGGUUAAGUGGCGCUAGUGUUGGUACAUAUCAUCUGGACACCGUGCAGUAUGGGUGGGCCUAUUUUAUACAGCAGAUACUACUCGGUAUACCUACUCCUAGUAUGCCUCUUGCAAUACGUGUCCGGAGAGGCUAACCCAGUUCAGUGCUUUUCGGACGAGGAUGUGGUGAAUGCACGCAAUGCCAAACGCGCUUUUGCUUUGCUAAGUGAUAAGCGUUAUCCCAAGCAAUCUAUUUUAUUACUAGAAGAGCACCCUAUAUUAUCUAGUAGUGGCUCUGCAUUGCCAUCUGUUGCUAGGAAAGUUUCAGACGCACUCGCACACGCAUUGAGUGACUCAAGCUGGGCUAUCAUACCCAUAGAUCUCUCAUCUCACUGGACUCCGGAUGGCUUGAGGUUACACCUAUUUACCGAAGUUGACAAAGUACAACAAAGAAUCAAGCAAGAGAAGCACGCAGACAAUCGAGACCCCUUGGUGGUAGUACAACUACACAACUUAGAUGGAGUGGAUGACAUGUCGAUCCUAAAUGUAUUUCACGACGCAUUCGGGACACCUGCGCGUGUACAAACCCACGGAAAGGUGUCGGUAUCGUUCGAAACCGUGCGCUUUGUGGGUGUGAUGAAUGUGAAGAACUGUGCUAAGAACAGUCGGAAAGUAUUGAAUCAAGAGGCAGAUGAUAGAGUACGUGCAACCAUUCAAGAUGCAAGCGUUCGUGAUCGUUUAGGAUUUGAUAGUAUUGUGUGGAAGCAUUUUGCCCGGGGCGCGGGUGUACGUAAGUGGGAGGCUGUCUUACAGCAGGAAUGUUUCGUUCACGACCGUGUGGACUUCAGUCCCAAAGCCCUACUCCGACGGGUAGGCGAUGCGAUUCUCUUUGAUCCUGCUACUGAGGGGAACAAGAAUGCCGGCUAUAUAUACAAGCUCGGAUCUACCCCAUGCAGCUUAGGAGCGUACACGGAUAGAAACACGGAUACAUCUGGCAAUACACCAUCGGCGGGUAAGGGUAGUAUAAUGGAGCCCAGUACCUUAGAUUACCAUUCCGUGUUUGGUGUGGGUUUAGUGGUGGUUUUGUGUUUGGUGUAUGGCAUUGUAAUGCUAUUCUAUCGCGCAGAGCCCGAGACAUGCGAUCUCGACUGCACGAGUGAUGAGUGCAAUGUCGACGAUAUGCCGGAAAAUUCUGAUGGCGAAGAAGAUGGAAGUGAUGGGAACGAUAGCUCUGAUAAGUAGGUUCCCUCGGGAAAAGCAGUGAUCGAGAAGGUUCUCACUAUGGAGUGUCUGGCUCGUAUGUUGGCCAAUGAGCGUGUAAUCAAGUGCCGAAUCGACGGUGUAGCGACGAAGACACUGUUGAAGUGUCUGGCUUUAUGGCUAGGGCUAGAUUAUAGUGUCGGAAGUUUGUUCAAUGACUAGCAAACACCUCUGAGUGUGAGUACCAUUCACCCUCACCCCUACGGGGUACGGGAGUCGCUACGGAUCUAACCCUUCGGAUCUACGAUCCUGUACCCCUAUGGGGUGACUCAGAGAUGUAGGAUCCCUUCCGGAGUUGCUUGAGAGAGAAAGUACGGAUUUCGAGGGGGGAUCUACAAUCCCCUCGGGAACUACAAUUUCGUUCCUCUCCACUAGAUAUCGUUUAUCUAUCCGCUACUCUUAAUUAUUAUUUAAACUAGGGGUUUAUUUUUAAAUCUAUAGACUAGGGGUAAGCAUGAGUAAGGUAUGGGAGAUUUUUUAGAUAGUAGAGUAGAGAUACUAGUGAAAAGGGGUGUAGCCUUCUGAAACUGAAAUGUAGUACUACAAAUUUUAUCCCAGUAUAAAUAGGUGUACAGAUGGCAGCUACUACGAGGAAAGGUAGCGGACAGCCAGGCUUAGUGUCAUUGGUGAGUGACUAAGUCUCAUCGCGGGUCUCUUCUUGACUUAAGGGUUGUGGUUAGAGAGGUAGGGUGAUGCUGCCUAGCAACUACUGUCCUUUGUGUAGGAGCUACCCCUGCAGAGUCGAUUGUCCUAUCAUACUUUUAUAGGAGGAGGACGGGCCUAUGAUCCAAAGGAUGAAGGAUGGUAGAUCCCCCUAAGAUUGGAGAUCUUUCGGACCCCUUGGGCUAAUCUGAGUGUUCAAGUCUCACAAUAGCUUUCUAUGACAUAACACAUCCUAUUUUUAUAUAUAAACCUUGCACCCUAUGUAUUCCGUGGGGAUCCCUCAGGGAAGCCUGUACGGUCCCAUGGUGGGGUGCAAAGCCUGCCCCUCCUACACUCCCUGGGUGUAAUUCACCCCUGCCUCUAUCUCUAUUUUUUAUUCUUCAUGGGGCACAGGGUCUACGGUCCCUUCGGGAUAUGACCCUGCACCCCCACGGGGUGACUCAAGGGCAGGAGCCGCUGUACUUGUUGUCGAGACAAUAGGGGCUCACCCCAGGAGAUCUGAGAUCAGAUCUCUCCCUCGUGGCCAGCCUGUAAGGUGGUGGCUACCGGCUACGAGGCAUCGCAGCGUGCAUGGUGGAGGGUAGGGAGCCUCCUACGCUCCUUGAGUCACCCCUAUGGGGUACGGAUCCCGAAGAGAUGUGACCGGGGUAUCCUUGGGAUCAGAUUCAUGGUGAAGGGCAGGAGCCUGCCCCUCAUAUAGGGGCUCUCUGAGUCACUCCGUAGAGGUACAGAUCUACAAUCCCUCGGGAUAUAAGAGGGCCCCGAGGAUCUACGAUUCCGCAAGGAUGUAGGAUCCCACACUGUGUCACUCUCUCGAGAGAGAGAGAGUACGGAUCUCUGGUUUCCGAAAGGGGAUCUACAAUUCCAAGGGGUCACAGCAUGAUAUAAAAA